UGUAAAUAGUGUACCCAGCACUCUUUGUUAGACCUCCUAUAUUUAUACGAGUAUAAACAGCAGAAUAGCUACCCCAUGACCUUUUCUGAGUCACUUGCGAUUCCUGAGGCCGAACAGCUCGGCUUGUCGGUGCGAAACCUCUCCGUAUCCGUCGGAAAGGCCCUUUCUAAACGCCGUUUCCGCAAACAGGCAGACACUGAGGCCUCACCAGCGUACUCUCACAAAAUCCUUAAUGAUGUUUCUUUCGAUUUGCGCCCCGGAAAGCUCAUGGCAAUCAUGGGCGGCUCUGGCAGCGGCAAGACCACGUUGCUCAAUGUGCUCUCUCAACGUACCAACGUGCUCAAUAAGAACUUGCAGUUCGGGGGAGCGAUCAAUUUCGUGCGGCCAAAUACUAAUACGGAUGCUGUGACUGCGAUCCGCCAUGCGUAUAUGCUCCAGACUAGCUUGUUUCUUCCGGGGUUGACUGUCUACGAGACCCUCAAGUACGCGGCUGAUUUGCGUCUUCCGCCGUCGGUUGCCGUGGCUGAGAAGGCGGAAUUGAUAGCCUUUUUGCUUGACCAGUUGAAUUUGACAAAGAUCUCCCAGUGCAUUAUCUGUUCGUUCAAGGACCCCAGUAAGUCCAGUCUCUCAGGUGGCGAACAAAGACGCGUGUCGCUCGCUAUCCAGUUACUCACACGCCCGGCUAUCCUCUUCCUUGACGAGCCUACCACUGGUCUUGACUCUGCAUCCGCUCUCUCGCUCGUUCAAACGUUGAGUAACUUGACCAAAUUCGGUAUGACGGUUAUUCUCUCCAUCCACCAGCCACGCUUGGAGAUUCUUGAUGCCAUUGAUGAGUUCUGUUUGCUAGGUUCUGGUGGCCGUGUCAUCUACUAUGGCAAUCUAGCCACCUCACUGGCCUACUUUGAGUCUAUCGGGGUUUCUAUUCCUGCCGACGGAAACGUACUCGACUACUUGAUGGAACUCUCUGUUAAGGAUUCGUCUACAGUUGAGGAGGAGGUACUUUCGGUACAGCGGAUCAAUGAUUUGGUAGCUUACUGGAAAACACACUCCCAGAAACUCCUCAGCUACCAAGAUUCCCACCAAGUGUCUCCUGAGUCAAGAUCUUCUGCAUUCAAAACUCUCGUACCCCUCACAACAGAAUCAACCUUAUCUCUCUCUCCUCAGGAAACUGCUGAAUUGUUCAGGCACAACCUCGCACUCUUCCACCACGAGAAGAAUCUUUCACUCUAUCAGGAGAUUGUCGUUCUUACCAAGCGGACCUUCCUCCUCACGUAUCGUGAUCUGUACAGUUUACUCGCACUCAACGGUGGCGCAAUACUCCUCUCUUUUGUACUUGGCUGGAUGUUCUACCGCCCGAAUCCAGACCUCGCUGGAAUUCGCAGUAUCACUUCAUCAAUGUAUGCCAUCAUCGAAGUGGUCGGAUUUUGCCCGCUUUUUUUCGAGGCAACACGACUUUGGAGCCUGGACGGGGUUUUCUUUUUCCGUGAAAAGAAUGAAAACUUGGUAUCAGUGACCGGAUUUCUUAUAUCCCGGAGACUAGCCAAGUUUUUGUUGGAAGACUUGGCCGUAUCUGUCAUCUUCUCCGUUGUGACCUAUUUCAUGUACGGACUCCGCACUGACAUCGGCGCUCUAUCCUUUUUCGUUUAUUUCUCGGUGUGUCUACUCAUCGCCUUGUCGAGCAUGACUCUUGGGAUGUUGGGGUUUGCUGCAUCCAGAGACUUUUCCCAGGCUGGUUUUGGCUUGAACAUGAUGUACCAGUUCCAGAACUGUGCCUGUGGCUACUUCGUGAACGCCUCUACUAUGCCUGUCUACGUCCGCUGGACAAAGUACAUUUCCUAUUUCUGGUAUGCCUUUGGUGCCUUGACCGCAAACGAAUUUACCGGUUGGGAGGGGGACUGUGGAGAAAUUGAAUGCCCGGCCGAGUACUCCGGUGCCUAUACAUUGAAGACUUUGGGGUAUCCCCAAGGUUGGCGUACAGUACCUAUUAUCUGCUUGUUCCUCUGGGUGGCUGCCUUCUACACCGCUGCUGCCAUCCUCCUUCACUUCAAGACACUAGACGUAAAGAUGAGCAAGUCUAAGGAACCGCCAUCACGUCAAAUCGAACCUGCUGCAGACCACGAAAUAGAAAAACCUGGUGUCGUUACAUCGGACGAGCUCGGUGGUGUCACCCCAAUCAACAUACACGUGCGGAACGUCUCGCUCCAGGUUGAGCCAAAGUUCAAGAUGAGUUUUGCGACCAAGAAGGAGCCGAUUUCCCUUCUCAAUGACGUCAAUGCCGACUUGAAAAGUGGGAAGGUGAAUGUCAUAAUGGGUCCGUCUGGUAGCGGUAAGACCACCUUGUUGAAUUUGCUCGCCAACCGUCUCGGGACCUCAUCCACGUACAUCCCGUUGGGUGACGUCUCCAUCAACGGAGUGGACCACCUCAAGAUCUCCGAUUUGGGCCAAUAUGCUUCCUACGUACUCCAGAGCGACGAUAUGCUUGUUCCGUACCUCUCUGUGCGUGAAACUUUGAUUCUUCAGGCUACACUACGCUUACCUGGUCUGACUCACUCUCAGAUCUGUCUGCGUGUGGAAAGCUUGAUUCGCCGUAUGGGCUUGAUUGACUGUGCAGGUAUCCGGAUUGGUUCUGAGUUUGUCAAGGGGAUUUCCGGUGGUGAAAAGCGCCGUGUAUCUAUUGCAAUCCAGAUCUUGGAUAAUCCACGGAUCUUGUUCUUGGAUGAGCCAACCUCGGGUUUAGACUCUAAGACCGCCACAUCAAUUGUAAUGGAGCUCCAGGAAUUGGCCGCACGCGGUACCACUGUGGUGCUUACCAUCCACCAGCCAAAGCAGGAAUUGUUUGACAAGUUUGGGAAUGUGUUACUCCUUGCCAGAGGUGGUUUCGUGGUGUUUAACGGUUUACCGGCGCUGCUUGUUGCUCACUUCAGGCUGAUGGAGUUUGUACCUCCUCCAUUUACCAACGUAUCUGACUUUAUUCUUGAUGUGGUGACUCGCGGGCACGGUGAGACGAUAGAAAUGGCACAAUCCAGGAUCGAUACCUUGAUUUCGAAGUGGAAGACAAUGGGCGAUAACAUCACUGGUAAGAAGACAUCUGUGGAUUUGAGCUGUACUGACGAGAUUGGUUCCACCAACAGGGGCUCCGCUUCUCCGACCUCUAUUGAGAACAGUUACGUCGAUAGUGCGGUAUUGUUCUCCAAGUACGGAAUGAGAACCAAAUCGCAAGCCCUGUUCUUCAUAACGUUUCUGGUAAUUUGCAAGAGGUCCAUAAUCUCUGUCUGGCGUUGUUCCGACAUCCUCAUCAGUAAGGUGUUCCAAACUAUUGCAUUCUCUAUCCUCAUCGCGUUGUACUUUGCACCAUUGAAGAAUGACGCGUCUGGGAUUGCCAAUCGCUUGGGGUUGAUCCAAGAGGGUAUGAACUUUAUCUUCUUGGGUUUCUUGAACAACGUUGCAUGCUACCCAGCAGAACGCAACACCUUCUAUGCGGAGUAUGAUGACAACAUUUAUGGCCCGUUGACAUUCAUGCUCUCCUACUUUGUCCAGGAGGUGCCAUACGAGAUCUUCGGUACUCUCUUCUUCUCGGUGUUCAUGGUGCUUGUUUGUGGAUUGCCUCGUGAUGCAAGUAUGUACUUUACUGUCUUUUAUUCGACGUUCGUCUUGUGCAACUGCGGUGAGUCCUUGGGGAUUUUCUUCAACACUGUGUUUGCCCACCAAGGGAUAGCAUUGAACAUGUUAACAGCGGUGCUCAUCAUCGGGAUCUUUAUGGGUGGUACCAUGUCGCUCCACAUGCCACCGUUCUUCCGGGCCUGGAACUGGAUCAACCCUGGGAAAUAUCUUGCCGGUAGCAUUGCAACGCUUGGCUUUCAGGGAGCUAGGUUUGAAUGCGGUGACGACGUCACAGACUGCUUACUCAACACUGGAGAUGCGGUAUUGGACUAUUAUGGGCUAAAAUCGCCUUGGGGCGCUUACUUGGGUGCCUUGACGGUAUGUUUGGUGGCCUACCGCAUUGUAGCGUACCUUCUUAUUGUGUUGAGGAUGCGAUACUUCAGAUAGUAUUGGACAUCUCCAAAAGAUUGGCCAAGGUUAUGGUGUUCAAUAUUUAGCGGUGUCUGGCUUUUAUAAGGAUAUUCUUGAGUUGAGAGUUUUUGCGGUUGGGGAUUCACUUUUCGUCUUGUAAAUAGAAUAUCAUAUCUUUUGUUUUAAG